GGGCCAGCCUGGUGGGGGACGCGGCGGCCGCAGUCGGGCGGCCGCGGGGACCCGGCGCUCAUGGCGAGCCCGGCGGUGAAGUACCUGAGCCAGGAGGAGGCCCAGGCCGUGGACCAGGAGCUGUUCACCGAGUACCAGUUCAGCGUGGACCAGCUGAUGGAGCUGGCGGGGCUCAGCUGCGCCACAGCCAUCGCCAAGGCCUACCCGCCCACGUCCACGUCCCGGAGCCCCCCCACGGUCCUGGUCAUCUGCGGGCCCGGCAACAACGGAGGAGACGGCCUGGUCUGCGCCCGGCACCUCAAGCUCUUUGGCUACCAGCCAACCAUCUAUUACCCCAAAAGGCCUAACAAGCCACUCUUCAACGCGCUGGUGACCCAGUGCCAGAAAAUGGACAUCCCCUUCCUGGGUGAAAUGCCCCCAGAGGUAGGUGGCUCUGCUCUCGCCCCGCCCCCGGGCAGGUGGGCA